CGCCCCUUUUUCAGGUGUCUACGUCACUCAGGUGUGUCGCUGUUUGGAGUUGAAUUUAGAAAGUGGACGGUCAGGAAUGUCAACUUUUAACUGCACUCACUAGGCUGUUACCUUCUGGAUAGAAGAGAUUGGUAGAAUAACGCAGAAAUCAGAGAGAAGCCGCUAUGAGUAAAGUUGCAAAGCUGUUUAAGGGGACUUCGAGUUCCUCUGGAAGUAAAUCGAGUAAAUCGAGCUCCAGCUCGAGCUCGAAGGGGAAACACCGCUCGCGCGCAGGCCCUUCGCCUCAGGAGGCCAUUCACAAACUGCGCGAGACCGAGGAGAUGCUCACCAAGAAACAGGAGUAUCUGGAGAAGAAAAUCGAGCAGGAAAUAAUGAUUGCUAAAAAGAACGGCACAAAAAACAAAAGAGCUGCACUUCAGGCUCUGAAGAGGAAGAAGCGUCUUGAGCAGCAGCUGACUCAGAUUGAUGGGACGUUGUCCACCAUUGAGUUUCAGCGGGAGGCGCUAGAGAAUGCCAACACGAACACUGAGGUCCUGAAAAACAUGAGCUUGGCUGCCAAAGCUAUCAAAGGAGUCCAUGAGAAGAUAGAUAUGGAUAAUAUCGACUCUCUCAUGGAGGACAUCACAGAGCAGCAGCAAAUAGCUCAGGAAAUCAGCGAUGCUAUUUCCCAGCCUUUUGGCGAUCAGUUUGAUGAGGAUGAGUUGUUGGCCGAGCUGGCAGAGCUGGAGCAGGAAGAGCUUGAGGAAAGUAUGAAAAACAUGGGCAGGCUGCCCAGUGUACCAACUUCUAAACUGCCCAGCACAAGACCUAGUCAUCGUACGACAACUAAGAAAAGAGUGGAGGAUGAAGAUGACAUGAAGAUGUUAGCAGCCUGGGCUUCUUAGUCAUCACAAGAACAUGCACAUACACCAUACACACAGAAAAAGGCUAAUUGUUUAAGGUUAAAGGACAAUGAAAUUCCAAAUUCCACACUUUUAGACAACAUAUAUUGUCUAUUGUAAAACUGAAGUAUCGGCUAAAUGAAGGAUUGUAGAGGGUAGCUUGUAAAUAGCAUGUGAAUGAAGAGUUGAUGGGCAGAGGUACCAUAAAAAGCAGUCCAAUGUUCCUCUGAAGUUGUCAGGGAGCCAACAAUCCUUACUGGCACACCUGGUGAUGGGCUAUAAAUCACAGACAUGUAAAUAUAAUGAGACACUAGAAUCUAUGUGAAAAUCAAAUUAUUUUAUUUAGAUUUUUUAAAUUUUGAAAUAAUUGUAUUUUGAUCAAAUUAUUGUCUUGGUUAUAUUAAUAAAGCCCAGUUGAAACUUG